AUGAGAUUGGCUGUCUAUGUCAGUACCUCGGUGGCCUUGGCCGCCGGUGUAUUCUUCAAAGCUCUUCACCAAAGAGCCAAUUUCUAUUCGGCAUGUGUGUAUCUGUCACAGAGCAGUGCAAAUCUCAUGAUUCUCACAAACUUAUGUCUUCUUGCAACUGGCUUCAUCCUCUUCUGGCUUCAACGACUCUUCUUUGGAACCCUUCGACCGAUUGAAAUAGAACAACUUUACGAACGUGGCUGGUUCGCCGUCACAGAAACCUGUCUCGCCAUGACCAUCUUCCGUGGAGAGCUUGGGUUGUGGUUCCUGGUGAUGAUGGUGCCGAAUUUGGUUCUCAAGAUGGGCGCUUUCCUCACAGCCAACCGACUCGAAGUCUUGGAACAGCAGCCCCUUGCUCAUCCGGUGAUGGUUCAUUACCAAAUGUCAUUUGCCCUGAACACCGUAGCCUUCUCCAGCGCCUUCAUGAUGUACUAUUGUAUCCGAAGUGUGAUUGACGAGGCGCGGGCCAAUAUGAUGAUCACAUUCAGUUUUGAAUUUGCCAUUCUCACCAUCGUGUCAAUCUCGACCUUCCUUCGAUACGUGCUCCUACUCGCAGAAAUUCUCAUCACCCGCCGACAAAUCAGAGCCCAAGUGGAGCUGCGCCGUGCGGAGAUUCGAGCCACCCGUGCCGAGAUGAUUCGCGAACACGCACGAGCUGGAGCAAGCUCCCCGCCAACCGAUCUUCCCGACGAGGACGAUGUCAACGAGCUUGAGAUCGAUGUGCCGGGAUGGGAGGAAAAGGGUCGUUGGAUCUUCUACCUCGAUCUCGUCACGGACUUCCUUAAGCUGGUGGUCUAUGCCGGCUUCUUUGCCAUUCUGAUUCGCUUCUUCGGCUUGCCGAUUCAUAUCCUUCGCGACCUCGUUCUAACGGCCCGGUCUUUCGUCCGUCGUAUUGGAGACUUCAUUCGGUAUCGCAAAGCCACUCGAGAUAUGAACUCACGAUACCCCGACGCUACCCCGGAAGAAACCGCCCGUGAGGACGUCUGUAUCAUCUGCCGUGAAGAGAUGAUUUCGAUCUUGCCUGCCGCUCCUACCGAGGGGGCUCCAGCGCCACCACCCCCUGCCAAUGUGCCAGAUCGACUGCGCCCAAAGAAGCUGCCCUGUGGACAUGUCCUUCACUUCGCGUGUUUGCGUAGCUGGCUGGAAAGACAGCAAAGAUGCCCAACUUGUCGUCGUCCCGUCCUUGGUGAUGAGGCUCAAGGAGCACCCGCAGGCGCCAACAAUCAAGGUGGCAACGCUGCUGCUGCUGCUGCUGCUGCUGCUGCGCCUAACGGUCCUGGUGGCAAUCCGGCUCCUGUUCAGCGAGCUCGUGUUUUCCGAUUCGGUCCUUUCCGUGUGGGCUUUGGUGCUGUGCGGGGCGAUGUGCUCCAAAACAUCCACCAACAGAUUCAUCAAGGCGCCGCUGGCCCUGCGCAAGCUCCGGCAGAUGCAAACCACCCUGGCGCGCAGCACAUCGGUUUCGGAUUCGGAUUUGGACGCCCUCACGCGCCUCUCACUCCCGUCGCCCCGGCCCCUGCGCAGACGCCCGCAAGCACGCCCGCGGCUGCCUCUGCCAGUGUCCACGCCCAGCUGCAGGCAAUCGAGCAGCAGAUUGAACAAGAACUCGCUUCCCUGCGAGCUGCUGCCGAGCAUGUUCAGCGUGUGGCCCACCUCCAGGCGGAACUCGAACAGCUUCGUUUGGAAGUGAACUCUUCGACCGAGGACGCUACCGCCACGUCCACCUCUUCCUCGGGUCAGACUCGGUUCACUUCUGCGCGUUCUGAGGGCUUGGGCGCAGGUGACCCCCGGUUGCCUGAGGGACUGGUUUUGCCGGCGGGCUGGACUCUCCAGCCCUUCAACUCCGCCGCGUCGGUCAGGGCCGAGUCGAGCCCUGCGACCGCCCCUCCUGCCUGGGAAAGUGGCAGUAGUGGUGAGGCCAGCGAGAUCAACGCUGGCCUCGGAUCCACUGCCACCGGGUCCUCAGCCAAGGGCAAGGGUCGAGCGACGACGGUGGAAGAGGUGGAGGACGUGGAUGCGUUGUGA